AGGAGAGAAAAAACUCCUAAUUCUAAGAUUUUUUGUUUCCUUUUAAAGACGCAGUCGGUCGUGCGUCUCUAGUUCGCGUGCUACCAGCAGUCAUCCCGUGCCUGAGUUCGCGCGCUUCCAGCAGUCAUCCCUCUCUAGUUCGACGUGGUGUGGCUGGGUUUUUUGGUGGCCUGAGUUCGCGCGCUACCAGGAGUCAUCCCUUGCCUCCGUAUUCACACAGCUCAAUACUUAGCGAGGACAAAAUAGCUGUAGAAAGUGCUUACUUUAAGGUAUAAUUGCUUCUGAAGGAAACUUUUAUUCAGUGUUUCCCAUAUUGUGAUCGGGCUUUUAUUCAAUUGGAUUUUCAUUGAGGAAACCUGAACCACUGCCGACCCUGUUUGUCUUCACUUAAGCCCCCCCAACCAUCUCCUACUCUUCCUUCAUUUCCAAUCAUGGAAGCAUGCUGAGUCAAGAAUUUCUGAACAAGCCAUUAAUUAUACAACUAAAAAAUAGUCAUGGGUGGAUUGUUGUUUAUUCUUCAUGAAUUUUUGGGUCACAAUCAGGCCCAAUUCAAUUGGACUUGUAAGGCCUAAAAUGUUAGCCCAAAACGAUCUAUCCACCAUACCGAUCCAGACCCGAAAUGAAUCAAGCCGGACCACCUCCGAUGAUGUUUUGUUUCUGUUUGUGAGAGACACAACAUAACACAACAUAGAAGAGAUAAUAAAAUGCAAAAACUGGGACUUUUGGGAACUAGAAGGUGGCUCUGUAGGAGCAUUUCUUCAAACCCAUUGCGGGUGUGUGUUGUUGGAAGUGGCCCUGCUGGUUUCUACACUGCCGAGAAGAUGUUGAAGGCUCACCAACAAGCACAUGUUGAUAUCAUUGACAGGUUGUCCAUGCCUUUUGGGUUGGUUCGCUCCGGUGUUGCACCCGAUCACCCUGAAACCAAGAUUGUCAUCAACCAGUUUUCAAGAGUGGCACAUCAUGAACGAUGCUCAUUUUUGGGGAAUGUGACCCUUGGAUCCAGCAUUUCUCUCUCUGAAUUACGCGAUCUGUAUCACGUGGUUGUCCUUGCAUAUGGUGCUGAAAGUGAUAGAAGUCUUGGUAUUCCAGGGGAGAACUUGAAAGGGAUACAUUCAGCUAGAGAGUUUGUUUGGUGGUAUAAUGGGCACCCAGAUGGACGAAAUCUUGAGCCAGACCUAAAGAGCACUGAUACAGCUGUAAUCCUUGGCCAGGGAAAUGUUGCUUUAGAUGUUGCAAGGAUUCUUUUACGACCUACUACAGAGUUAGCAACAACUGAUAUUGCCAGUCAUGCAUUGGCUACUUUAGAGGAGAGCUCUAUCAGGGUGGUUUAUUUGGUUGGAAGACGUGGUCCAGCCCAAGCAGCUUGUACUGCAAAAGAACUACGUGAAAUUCUUGGUAUUCAUAAUGUUGAUAUUUUCAUUCAGGAAUCUGAUCUACUUUUAACCCCAGUUGAUGAGGAAGAACUUAAGAGUAACCGAAUACAGAGAAGAGUUCAUGAGUUGCUCUCUAAGGCUGCUACCUCAAAACCUAAACAUGCUUGUUUGAACCAACGUGAGCUCCAUUUUGUCUUCUUCCGUAAGCCAAAUAGUUUUCAAGAGUCGAAAGACAGAGCUGGCCAUGUUUCUGGCAUGCAUUUUGAGAAGACAGUUCUUCAAGGUGUUAGCCCUGGCAAACAGAUUGCUGUUGGUGCUGGAGAAUUUGAAGAUAUAAAAUGCGGGAUGGCACUUAAGAGCAUUGGUUACAGAUCAGUACCAGUUGAUGGCUUACCUUUUGAUCAUAAGAAAGGUGUAGUUCCAAAUGAUAGAGGUCGAGUGUUGAGUGACCCUUCAGAUCCUUCAGUUCUUGAAAAGGGCUUGUAUGUAUGUGGAUGGCUGAAGAGAGGACCGACUGGAAUUAUUGCCACAAACCUCUAUUGUGCAGAAGAAACUGUUUCGAGCAUAUCAGCAGACCUUGAAAAAGGAGGGUUGAUUUGGUCAUCAACCUUGCCCAAACCUGGCAGGGACGGACUUCUCCAGCUUCUGCAUGAUAGAAAUAUCAGAGUAGUUUCAUUAAGUGAUUGGGAAAAGAUAGACUCUGAAGAAAGGAGGCUUGGAAGUUCAAGGAACAAACCUAGGGAAAAACUAGCCAGCUGGGAUGAACUAUACAAAACUACCUCAUAAUGAAUCAAUUAUUUCACAUGAUACUUCAUUAUUUUAGCUUGAUAAACAUCUUAUCGUACACCAAGAACAGUAAAUAAUUUAUACACAUUUGUUGGCGAAGUCAUCCUCUUUAUCUGUUGUAAUGCCCCCACUUUAUUUUGUUAUAUUAUUUUUUAAAAGGAGAAAUCCCUUUGAAGAGUUCUUUUAGUUUUAAUUUUAAGUUCUAAUCUUUGUCGUCAUGCAUACCUGCGGACAGAGGCAUGAAUUUUUGGAUUGAUCACAAAUCAUGUAUCAAAGAACCUGUUGAGCAGUGAUAAUUGUAUGGUUGUUGCCUCACUGAAACGCUCAAUUGUUUAUA